ACGAACAGGAAGUGAGGAAGUAAGGAAGCGUAGACCGCACAGCUGAACUGCAGAUAUCUGCUGCCCUGAAAUCCUGUGUUUCUCUGAACAACCACUGCUGUGUCCAAACAUGUCUAAAAACACGGUGUCCGACCGCUUCAGGAAAGUGGACGUGGAUGAAUACGACGAGAACAAGUUUGUGGACGAGGACGACGGAGGAGAGAACCAGGGAGGUCCGGACGAAGCAGAAGUCGACGGUCUGCUCAGACAGGGGAACAUGAACGGUGCUCUCCAUGCUGUGCUGAAGAACCCUCCAAUCAACACCAAGAACCAGAAUGCCAAGGAGCGAGCAGAGCAGCUGGUGGUCAAAGUGCUGAGCAGCUUUAAGAGCAGUGACAUAGAGAAAGCUGUGGGCUCUCUGGACAGAGCGGGAGUGGACCUGCUGAUGAAAUACAUCUACAGAGGCUUCGAGAAACCAUCGGACAACAGCAGCGCUGUGCUGCUGCAGUGGCACGAAAAGGCUCUGGCUGUGGGAGGGGUGGGCUCCAUAGUCAGAGUCCUGACCGCCAGGAAGACCGUCUGAUGGUCCAGGACCCAACAGAUUCCAUCUGUGAAUGGACAUUAGACAAGAAUAUGGCCGAACACAAAGUCACCGGAGCCGACGACAGAGACACGUCUCUUCUUCUUCUGCUGCUGCUUUUGGACAUGAUCCCUGUUUGUUUUUGUACUGGAACUGAGUGUCUUCUUGAUGCAACUCCUUCCUCUUUUUUCUGCAUUCACUAUUUUCAGUCACAUGUCUGGGAUUUAGACGUGCUGGCAGUGAGACAGGGAGGUGCUGGCACCUCACACUGUCUGUGUUUCCAGCAGUCCACACAGAAGACACUUAGGAUGCUUCACUCAGACACUUUCUGUCCACAGCGGCUCUUCGCUCCUUUCAAACUGCUUCACAGCUGCUCUGAUGCCUCUGCUGGCUCGCUCUAAAAUCUCUCCUCCUCCUCUUCCUCCUCUUGUCCUCUUCCCCCUCCUUUCCCUCUGAAGCCUCUGAGUCAUCCAGGUUGAGGAAAUGGAAAAGAUUGUUCUGGGGUGGGCUGUCAGACUGGUGACCUGUCCAGGGUGUUUCCCCGCCUUUGGUCCAGUGCAUGCUGGGUUCUUUUUUCCCUAACGUUCUAACUUCUGAACAUCUGUUCUAUUUUUUUGCUAUUUAGACCAAUCCCACAUUGCUUCUAUUCUUUUUAUAUCUGAAAUAAAGAAAAAAGAAAAUAAAUUUA